UUGUUUGGCUUCACUUGUGCUGCAAUGUUUCAUUCAGAUGCUCGAUGCCUCAUGGAACACAGGAAUUGUAUAGCACCAGGCAGAGGACGGAAAAGGUAUAAAUAACGCGUUCUUCUCACGGAUUCAACCCAACAAGACAGCGACAUCCAUCAUAAUCCCAAUCCUCAACUACACCAUCAAACACAUAUCCACCCUCUCUCUGAAUCAACCCCAAUCCUCACAAUGAAGCUCACCAUCGCCUCCCUUCUCCUGGCCGCCAGCUCGGCCCUCGCUGCUCCCACCAACACAACCACCAACUAUCUCCAAAUCAGCGACUUCCGGGCCCGAGCCAGUACCGUAGGCGCCACCAUGCACUUUGUCGUGACCGAUAAAAACUACCCAGACGAUACUCCCACUGACUGCAACCUGAUCUGGUCCUACGGAUCCAAGCCCAAGGAGAGCGCCCGAUGCAACAACAGCCAAUACUAUAUCAGCUUCCCCAACGGGCCCGUUGACUUCAACCGGUUCACGCUGGGACUUGAGCGGGUUUCUGGGCCGAUCCCUGAGAAGGGUCAGGUCUUGUUGGAUUCGAAUAAGAGUGGGCAUGCGCCUGGGACGAAGUGGAUUUGCAGGGAUGACCCUGAGCCACAUGUUCUGAUUGAUUGCGAUUAUGAGGGUGUUCUUCAGAUGCAGGUUUAGUGGUUAGUUGGUUUGGGUGGGGAGUGUUGUGGUAGACAAUGCGGUGAAGGAAGCUGAAGCUGAGGCUGUUUUGCUGUUAUGGUAUUCCUAUGCUCAGAUAAAUUAUUGUUACAUAGUAAUGUAUACAGAUUGUUUUCCUCGUUAAUUCCUGUUCUAUUUUCCAUUUCCCUUUUUACCUGUGUAGCCGAAUUAAUAUUUACCCCUACCUCUUGUACGCCGAGUUGGCCUGCGCCUGGGCGGUGCAUAAUCAGAGACGGAAGCAGGAUCAUCUUCAGGCUCAGAUGGAGACGGAGGAGGUAUUUCCUCAAUGGAACUGGAGUUUGAAACCUCAUCCUCAUCUUCGUCAUCAUCUACAGAAUGAAUCUGCGGCUCAGAUGGGGGAGGCUGUAUCGGUUGAUGUCUUUCAACAAUCAAAUCUCCAUCGUCACCGUCAUCUUCGCCUGGUAACAGGAACCCGCCACCACGAUCGGCUGGAUCUUCGGAUGAUUCGC